AGCUCAGACCUUCCGUCAAACCGAAGCCUCCCAUCAAGUUCAAAGAUGCCGUGGGUCGAGAUUUCUCGUUUCUAUGGCACCUUUGUAGGACCUAGAAUGUCAUGGAAGAAUUGAUCAAGCAAGCUUUCCUACAUGUCGAAAUAAUCGGACCACAUGUACACGAGAGACAUUAUGACUUAGUCGACCCUGAUGGUGAGAUCAUACUACCACAAGUUUGGAAGUCUAUAAUACAGUCUGGCUGGGCUGUUAUCAUGCGCAUGUGGCCGGUGUCCGAGCCGCCUCCGCCUCCACCCCCAAUGGAGCUCUCCCAAAAAACAAAGAAAAACCGAGGAUCCAGAGCCCAUCAGUUGAGAAAAAGAAGAUCAUAGUCUAAUGGUCGGCCUUGAGCUGUAAA